AUGGGCUUGGGAGUGCUUGACACCAAGACCGAGCAGGUCCCCGGUACCUCCAACAUCUAUGAGCAAGACCAAGGCGCAGGCGAUCAAGUGCCCCGUACUUCACAACUGAAGUUUGACCGCGGCAGCAAAGUCCCAAUCAUUCUCGUGCCACAGCCGAGUGAUGACCCCAAUGAUCCGCUGAACUGGCCGUUAUGGAGGCGCGACCUCAUCCUCGGCAUUCUGUCCUUUGUGACAGUGCUCUGUACGACGCUCAGCUCCAUCAUGGCUGCCAAUACCGUCACAAUCGCCGAUUAUGAGAACAUCACAUUCGAGGCGGCUGCACUGUUGACCGGGUAUCAUCUGUGCGGCGUGGGAGUUGCAGGGAUUCUUAUCGUGCCUACAGCACGUGUCUGGGGCAAGCGCCACCUUUUCCUUCUCGGGCACGUCUUGAUGAUUGUGAGUUGUAUAUGGGCUGGUGCGAGUGGGACAAAUGAGACCAGCCUUUUGUGGGCCCGUAUCUUCCAGGGAGUCGCUCUAGCACCAUUUGAAGCACUGGUCAAUGCCUGUGUCGGUGAUCUUUACUUCGUCCAUGAACGAGGAAAGCGGAUGGCAGUGUCCAACGUGGCUCUAUUUGGUGCUGCCUUUUUGACUCCGGUCUUUGUCGGGAAAAUCACCAAGUCGCUCGGCUGGCAGUGGUCCUUUUAUUUCGUGGCAAUCUUCCUUGCGGCCUCGCUUCCGCUUAUGAUUGUAUUUGUGCCGGAGACUGCGUAUCGGCGCCCAGACUAUCUCAAUACGGACUUCAAACACAAGCGGUCGACAAACCCGGAUAAACCAUCCGAUUACACCACCAAUGAAGAAUCCAAAGCAUUCGUCCCAGAAUCCGGAGAGCAUGGGUCUCGAAAUGAAGUUUUUGCAGGAAUGAUUCCAGAGAAAGAUUCUCUUCUCAAAUCUAUGAGGCUCUUCAAUGGACGCAAGACAGAUGAGAAUUUCUUCAAGCUGCUUUUGCGGCCGUUUCCUCUGUUUUUCUUCCACCCAGGAAUCAUGUUUGCUUGUUUGAUUCAGGGCGUUGUCAUUGGCUGGGCCGUGUUCAUCGGUGUCGUCUUAGCCAUUGUCUUCCUUGGUCCGCCACUAUGGUUCGAAGAAGACAAGACAGGAUAUCUCUAUACAGGAGCUUUCAUAGGGUCUCUGAUCGGCCUAGUGCUGUCGGCUGUCCUUACUGACUUCAUGACUAAGAUCAUGAUCAGGCUUAAUCGUGGCAAAUAUGAGCCCGAAUUCCGACUACUAUUGGUGGUCUUCCAACUCAUCUUCGCCGGCAUGGGUCUCUAUGGGUUCGGUUGGACUGCCAGUGAUGUGAUGAAAUACCAAUGGCUACUACCUGAUGUAUUCUUUGCGUUUUUGAUCAUCGGCAUGGUGAUGGGCGCGGUCGCUGCCUCGCUUUAUAUUGUCGAUGCUCAUCGUGAGAUCGCCGUCGAGGCAUUUACCUGUCUCCUUCUUUUUAAGAACAUGUUCAGCUUUGUUCUGACUUUUUAUGCAUACGACUGGUUUGCUCAUGGUGGUAUCAAACACACCAUGAUUGUCAUCGGCAGCAUUCAAGUUGGCAUCUGUGCCUUGAGUGUUCCCAUGUAUGUCUUCGGAAAGUGGAACAGGCUGCUGGUUGCCCGGUAUGAUAUUCUCGAAAUCCUGCACCUCUGGUGA